GACCUCCAUGUGAAACGUGGUUUGCAGACUCCAGACCUUUCGGACUGAACCCCUGGCAUCCUGAACCCAGCUUCCCCACCUUGACAACGCUUUCGGACACCAAUACUGUGGGAACAGAAACAAACAUGGGCAAUUUAAAGAGGCUGCUCAAGGGACAAUUAAGAGACUAUUGAUCAUUAAUCCCUCAACCAUAAUCAACAAGAAGCCAUAAAAUGGGAAAAGAUAUGUCAAGACUGCCAACAAUGGGGAUGCACCUUGCCCCAGAGAGCAUUCCACCUGCAGCAUACCAGAACAGAGAUGACAUUACCGUACAAUGCGCUAUGCUCAUCAACAGAUCUAACCUGUAUACACAACAAAGAAAUGGAUUCAGAAGGCCAGUACAGAAGAGCGAUCACCAAAUACCAAAUGUGGAAACUGGUACUAAGCCACAGAAAAGUGGUUUGUCCCCUCCAGUUCAGGACCAUGUCUUUCAUGAAUCUUCCCGUUCAGUGAAAAAGCUUGUGAAGCCAUUCAUCUUUACAGUUGGGUUUUCAGGCUGUGCUUUUGGAUCAGCUGCUAUUUGGCAGUAUGAGCACCUCAAAGGCAAGGUUCAGAACUAUUUUGAAGAUGCUCGAGCGGACUGGAUGGAUAAGAUGCGACCACAAAAAGGGAUGGACUUCAGAAGGCAGAUUAACCUGUGGUGGAAUAGUCUGAGCAGCGGGCAACGUACUGUGUCAGGCAUUAUUGCUGCAAAUGUCUUUGUAUUCUGUUUAUGGCGGGUACCCUCUUUGCAUCGGAUAAUGGUCAGAUAUUUCACAUCUAAUCCAGCUUCUCGAGUUUUGUGCUUUCCCAUGUUGCUGUCUACGUUUAGUCACUUCUCAUUUCUACACAUGGCAGCCAAUAUGUAUGUUUUGUGGAGCUUCUCAACCACUAUAGUCUCUCUUCUGGGCCGUGAGCAGUUCAUGGCGGUGUACCUUUCUGCAGGGGUUGUUUCCACAUUUGUAAGUUACGUUUGCAAAGUGGCCACUGGAAGAUUUGGACCAUCACUUGGAGCAUCAGGUGCUAUAAUGACCAUCCUUGCAGCAGUAUGUACGAAGAUGCCAGAAGCCAAGCUAGCCAUAAUAUUUCUUCCAAUGUUCACAUUUACAGCUGGAAAUGCUUUAAAAGCCGUUAUUGCACUGGACACUGCAGGGCUUGUUUUGGGUUGGAAGUUUUUUGACCACGCGGCACACCUUGGAGGGGCUCUGUUUGGAAUGUGGUAUGUAACAUAUGGGCAUAAUCUUAUAUGGAAGAAUAGACAACCGGUAGUGAAGGCUUGGCAGACAGUGAGGACUUGGAACCCAAGAAAAUGAGGUGGGGCUCAUGACUGCUGCAUUUCAGAAGAAACUUGUACAGAAAUGAUGUGCUAUUUUGAAGACUGGAAAGUGGAUUGUUUAUUACAUUGCCUAUACAAGAAGUACUGGGAUCUUUAAUUCCAAGUGUGGUAAUCCACACUCAAAAUUAAAUGCAUUUAUUAAAAAAUACAUAACUAAAUUGAAACAAUAAAGA